GAAAGGUUCUUUUAUAUAGAGACAUCAUCAUUACAACUCAAAAUGCACUCCGAUCAGUAGAUAGAGAAAGACAGAUCCAACAAAAAAAAUCAACUUUGAUUUUCAUCAUUUAAACCAAAAACAAAAUGGCUUUUUCUUUUCUCAAUAAACUUCUCAUCAUCUUCAUCUUCAUCUUCAUCUCUCUCUCUUCAUCUUCUCCGACAAUUUCUCUCGUCCAACAGCUUUCACCGGAGAUCGCCCCUCUCCUCCCUUCCCCCGGAGACGCUUUACCUUCAGACGAUGGCAGCGGCACAAUCCCAUCUUCACCAAGCCCUCCUGAUCCCGACACUAACGACGGCUCCUACCCUGACCCGUUGGCAUUCUCUCCUUUUGCUUCUCCGCCGGUUUCUUCUCCUUCUCCUCCGCCGUCUCUUCCUUCCGCCGGAGUCUUACUCAUCUCUCUUAUCAUCUCCUCCGCCUCGUUCCUAGCGUUAUAACACUACUAUAGUUCACUUCGCUUAUCCAUCAACGAACGUUUUGGUUUUCACGUGUUUUGUCCAAAAUGUAUAUCAUUAUCUCGAAUGAGAAUAUUUAACAUUUAGUUUCGUAGUAAGCUACAUUUUACAAUUUUAAUUAUUUUCCUUUUUUGGUCGUGUUUGCCCCUCUUGACAAUGUGAGUCGAUAUGUUAAUCAUUUCGAAUCUUCGAUUAAGUUAUCAUAUAUUCAUAUGCAUAUAUGUAAUGUCAGUAUGUACUUUAAUAACAACGAUAAUAUCAUUUGAUAUAACGUUCAUCAAUCAUCAUGCAUGUUUUAUAUUAGGACCAAUUCUUCAUAUCAUAUAAAAUCAAAUAAGGAUUACUUACUAUGUGUUUGAAUGAGCAAUUAAAUAAUAUUUUGGUUAAUUAGGGGAAUCAAUGUUUAGGUGAAGUUCAUUUGUCUGUUUCUGCUGUUGCUUUUUUUUCUUCUGAUAAAGGGCCUUUUGAAAA